UGCAGUGCUUCCUCAACGUCCAAUCAUCGCGCGCGUGAACUUGUAUUCGAUUAUUUCUGAUUGCCACUGGAUCGUUCGACUGGCCGGAAUUCGAUCGCAGCAGGCGUUUAUUUAAGGACACCAGAAUGAAGGCGACGAAUUGGAUAUGUUGGUCGCUGGUCCUGUGUGUCUGCCUCGUCGAAGCCAGGUAUAAGAUCAGAAGGCCCCCGUUACCUCCGCCGCCGCCGCCGAAGCUCGUCUUCAAAAAGAAUUGGCCGAUCGCCCAUAGGAUCUCCACGGGGAACACGAUGUACAUCAACGGGAAUUUCCCACCGAAAAGAAUGCACCAGAAACCUUUAAACUACAGGAUACGUCGACCACCGAUGUUCAACAUACCCGCUCCUAUCUGGCAGAGCCAAAUGCCGAUUCGGGCUCCCAUGAACAAUCACGCUGUUCUUCCCCAGCGGCCGCCGGUUAACGAGUUUCACACCGUGAACAAAAUGCCCGAGUACAGUCCCGAGUACAGACCGGAAGCCGCGGUGCUACCACCGACGCACAGGGGUAGCGUGGAUGACGACAAGGGACCGAUUCAUACGAUUCCCGCGCCCAAUCUGAGCAUCAUGGACAAGCCCUUCAACGGAGAGACCAAUGCGCAGGAGAUGAUACAUCGUCAGCAGACUACUGACCCUUCUUACAAGAUUCAUCAACACGGAUCUUUGCUACCGAACUUCGACAUCGCUACGAUCAGCACAAGCUUAGCACCGCAGAAGCCAGUGACCAGUCCAACGCCGACACAUCACUACGAAGUUACCGAAACCAACGAUAUCAAUCAGAAAGAUUAUCAAACCGUUCUACCAACGUUCCUGCCUCCGGAAUUCGCGACAGGACUGUCGACCAUAGUGAAUCCCGAUCUACAGACGAACGAUGUCUAUCUGAGUAAUCAACCAGCGUCGAAUAUCGGACUGAUCGGGACUAAUAUACAACUAGGACAACCGAACUUACCGAUGCAAACGAAUCUUCACAGCUCUCUACACGUCGGAUUCCCCGAAACUGCUGGCCAAACACCGUACAUCAUAAAUCAACAGAUACCUGAUUUACACGUUGGUCAUCCGGCACCGGCCGGUCCUCCGCUCUCGGCUACCCAGCUCUACGAUCUUUUGAACAGCUUUCCGCAAAAGAUGCCGGAGCAAUAUCAAACAGGUCAACAACCCCAACUUCAGCAGCACAUACUUCAGCAGCAACUCGGUCAAUUCUUCCAGCCUACUGGAGUAACAGGUUUCUCGCAGCCCCAGAUGCAAUCAUUCAAUUACGACGAGCAAGAUAACAAGGAGCAACAGCAGCAGCAGGUUCUGUUCAAUCAGGAUUACGUCGACGGGAGGGUAAAUAUGAAUUACAACGUGGGCUCGGAGGCUUCCGAGGAGAACCAGGAAGGCAAUAAUCUGCAGCAGAACGAAGAUCUCCCGUACAUCGGCGACAGCUCCGAGCCGCUGGAAAAUAACAUCGAGUACGACGAGACGAACGACCAGAACCAGCAGGCGACCUAUUUCAACAAAGCGGUAAAUAACGACGCCAUCUCCACGGAAUUUUACACGACACUGCCGAAUCGCGACGCGGCUGAGAAAUUAGCAGCAUUAGCUGCAGCUGGGAACGUUAACAGUCAAUUGAUAGGAAAACUUCGACAGCAGCAGCAACAACAGCAACAACAGCAACAGCAACAGCAGCAGCAGCUACAACAACAACAAAAGCAACUGCAACAGCAACAGCAGCAGCAGCUGCAACAACAACAACAGCAGCAGCUGCAACAACAACAUCAAGAGACUGUAGAAGAUGAAGAAUCUAUACCUUCUAAUCAUAAACACGAGAAUUAUGAGACGAAUCAACAGAUUAAUGAAAACUACGAUUACAAGUCCGAUCAAGAUCGAAUGAAAAAUCGGCAGAAGCAACGACUGCAAGAGCAGCAAUACGAAGAACGAAAGGAGUACGAUAGGCAGCAGCAUCGUCAAAGGCAGAGUAGCGUGUACAGUAAUAAACGACCUCUAAGAAUUAUGGUGCCUGAUCAGAAUGAGUACAAUAACGGGGAAUCGCAGAAUGACGAUGGCCAAGAAAGUGCAGAUGUUGAGUACGAGUACGAGAGCGAUGAAGGAGAUAUUGCGAGUUCGCAGUCCGAUGGUAGAACGCCUGAACAGUCGACAUCUGGAUACGGUUCACGUUUAAACCCGAAGAGCACGGUUUAAACUGUCGUUGUCAGAGUAUUCUGUAUAUACCGUGAAUAUUUAUUGCAAUCCUAUUAACCGGUUAGCUACAGUUCAGGGUUUUUGUGUAAGUUACUCGAUAACGAGCGAGGUAACUUCGAAAUGGGAACUCGCAUGCUGUUUCCGCGGAGUAUGUCGACGGGACUUGCGCUUAGAAAAAAGAACGGAACGAAAGCAAAAGCAGAUUCUCCUUACGGCACGAAUCACCCGCUUUGUCGAAUAUUUCUUGCGUACAGACGACUUUCGUUGACAGUACCACUGGGAACAGCCGCUGUUUAGGGGACAUGAUAAUUUAUUUGAAAUUUAUUUAUUGUUAGGUAAUCGUUGUUGUACCCGAAUUCGAUUAUAUCAAUGAAGACGAACAGACGAUUGAUUUACAGAAUUGAAUUUUUUUUUUUUAUUUCAAUCAUUGCGCAUCACCAAUUUGUGUUACACUUAUAUAUGUACAUAUGUAUCAACGAGGUAAUUCUAUAUGGUAUAGGAGCCAUUCUGGGUUAGGUACAAACGAAAACAUCUAACGAGAUUUUAUUCAUCAAGGAUCACAAGUUUUUACCUCCUUCUUUCCUCCGCCUUAUAAAACUAGCCAAUGAAACAAGUAUUCAAUAAAAAAUAUCUUACAGGAUACGACUAUCAGCUGGCCAAUGCCAUUAUCGUCGCUUGCGUGUAAGUGAAAGUGAAUCUUGAGAAACGAAAUCUCACUCGAACAGAAAUAAGGGUAUUUAAGCAGUACAAUGCUUGCAUAUCCACGAAAUUUAAAAUGUCAUAACCCGACGAUAAUUUAUAAGGAAAUAUUACUAUGAUCGAUCCAUAAACCACGGUUUACCGUCGUCGGUGAGCCGUUUUGUGAGAAUAUCGCAGCCAGUUUCUGUAACUAACAGCGUAUGCUCGAACUGUGCUGACCAUUGACCGUCUGCAGUGACCGCUGUCCAUUUAUCUGGCCAUGUUUCGUCUCUCCACGUGCCCAGGGAUAUCAUUGGUUCUAUAGUAAAGCAAUGCCCUGGUUUCAUAACGCCUACAGCUUUAUUUUCUGAAAACAAUUGCAAAGAAUUUAUAUUAAAAGGAACAUUAUAUUAAGAAGAAAGUAAAAGUGACAAAUGAAUUUAAAAAGAGAAUACUCACUGGCAUAAUGAGGUACACUUGGCGCAGUAUGGAAUAAACGAUGAAUUCCGUGACCACAAUAGCUGCGCACUACGCUACACCCAUGGGCUUGCGCAUAUUUUUGAAUAACAUUUCCAAUUUCUCUGUAUUUUUCACCUGGUCGAACGAUAUCGAUAGCUUUCGCUAAACAUUCAUAAGUAACUUCCACUAAUUUCUUUACUUCUGGUUUCACAUUACCGACUAGAAACGUUUCAUUUAAGUCACCGUGAAAACCAUUAUGAUACACGGUUACAUCAACUAC